AUGCCAUACUCCUCUUCCACCCCCGAGGUGUCCACCACCCCGCUCGCCGAUUACUUCUGGAUUGCCGGUGUAGAUGGGUCAGAGAUCCUGGAAACCUUCCAAAAGCUAGGGGAUGAGUACCGAGCCAACAGUGCCACCUCGCCCGGUCCCGCCGUCUCGGAGACCAUCGAAGAAGAUGCGGACGCGGAGGAGGCCCACGAUCCCCGUCUAGAUGUACUCUCCCGACCCGGCUCGAUGAUCGCCGGACGCAAUUCCUUGCAGCGGUUCUCCAUGCGCUCGGAAAUUCCCGGUGCAAACGAGAAUGGCUCCAACAGCAACCGCAGCAGCUUGACUAUCAAGGGUGCACAGUCCCCUCGAGGCUCGUCAUUCCUGGAAGACUUUGACUUUGACAAGGCGCUGCUGAAAUUCGCGUCAGAGAGGGAUUCCUUCCUGUCUGACUUGAGCCUCAGUGCGGGGGCAAUUACGACCCAGUCUCGUCCCCGAUCCCGACUACGCACGCAAAAGAUUGUUUCCGAAGAGACUCCUUCCCAGCCGGCCAGCCUGCUUCGAUCCGGCAUCGGGAGUGUACGACGCCAUAUGGCCUUUAGGGAUAUGAAUAGUAUGAAGCGGCAGCCGUCAGUUGCUCGUCAAGCAUCCAUUCGAACUUCGCGACGACUCAGCAACUACAAUUCGGUGAUCCCAGCGCCGCAGCCGUUGGAGAUCUCACCUACCAUGCACCCUCUAAAACGCAGAUUUGAACCCGUCCUUCUUGAUCGGUACCCCACGAAGACUAUGUCCGACGAGCUGAAGCAGCGAGGCAACUUCCCCGACUAUGUACCGAUGUUCGCUUUCCCCAACGAUAUCAACAUUGUCUCAUCGGACCAGAGACCGCGGUCAACGUGGCACGGUUUUGCCAUGACAACGGACAAUGGCUCGCGGUUACACGCCAUCUGCGUUAUCAUCUGGAUUCCAUUAAACCAGCAAGCCGCCGAGGAGUUGGAAAAGCGCUGUGAAGAAUGGCGGAAAGAUAACAUGACUGAUGAGGAACGUGAGCUGGCGGCGAGUCUUGGAGAAAGACUGGCUUCUGAACGUGCUAAGCUUUCCAGGCUCCUGGCUCAGCUUCCCACAGUUCCAUCCGGCUCGGAUUCGAGAGAACAGUUGGAGGAUGAAAUCAGCGCAGUUGAAGAGAAGAUCGGGCUGAUGACCGAUCUCUUACGCCCAGUACGCCAUGGUGCGGCCUCAAAGAUUGAAGGGCUGACGGACGGUGACACGGGAUUUUGGAUUCCCCGCGCCUAUGGCAUUCUUGGGCGAGAGGCAAAUAUGACAAGCUUCUGGAAAGAAUGGCUGAAGGCUGUUAUUGUACCGAUGACCGACGGCAACAUUCAGCGGGUUCCUCCAAGUUCUCCGCGCAUGGGCAUUUGGCAGCCAUUAGAGCGAUACGUGAUGAACCUCUGCACCGAGGCGUUCAGCCCCAAUACCUCCAAAACCCAGGUGGAGCUGGCGGUUCGCGAGCUACGUCUCUUUGCACGGAACGAAGCUUCCAACGAGCUACCAGGGUCCCGAAAUACGGACAUCUAUGCGUUGUUCCGGACCCUAUCGUUGUCGAAUAUUAUCAUACUCUUGGAGUACGCUCUCACUGAAUCGCGUAUUAUCUUUCUCUCGUCCCAUACGUCGAUGCUCUAUCUGGCAACAAAGGCUCUGGUGGACCUGCUGUUUCCCAUCCCAUGGUCUGGCGUGUUGAUUCCCGUCCUUCCUGCACGGUUGAUCCAGGCAAUUGAAGCCCCGUGUCCAUACAUUGUCGGCAUCGAGCGCCGAUAUGAGAAGGUCGAGCUUCCCUCCGAUGACUUCGUCCUGGUGGAUCUUGAUUCCGAUAUCAUUGAAAGCACCGUCCGACCAACCCCACUACCCCGCCAUCAGCGCCGGAAGCUUCUGUCACUACUUCAGUUGGCAGCUCCGCAUCACGGUCGAUUCGGAGUCCCAACUGGACCGCCAGCAUAUGCGAUUGAGACGUUCCCAUUCGAUUCUUUUAUGUCGGAGAAUUCCUCAAUCUUUAACUCUCGGGCCCAGUCCACACAGUUGGCGAAAUAUGUCAGUCUCAACUCCAGUGCAUUUGGCCAGAGUUCAGUGUCCCCGAGCUCGUAUCAGCCGCUCAUCUUCAACGCUUAUCUGCAUGCUCGGUAUGAGCAGGUUUCAUCCCGAGGUUACUCGUCAAAGGGAGCCGACCGACCAGGAACUGGCUCAACGUUCAAGGCCGGGUCGCCACCCUCACCGCGCGACAGCUCCCCCACAUCUGGUCACUUCCCACCUCCCCCUCCGACGCCGAGCUCUCGAAAUGAUUCCGGAUUGGCUUUACAGGCCUCUCUACGUGAGAAACGCUCAGGUCACUUCGAUGCAGCAUCCCGGAGAAGCUCGUCUUUUGGUAUGGACAUACGCCCGGGCGGCCCGAGGCGGCCAAGUGCUCCUUUCCUGGGCCAUGCGCCAAACCUCUCCGUAACAACUCUAAACACCGACUACAACUCCGGUUCUACGUACGCACCGUCUGUCUAUGCUCAAUCUACAGUCGCAGCGUCGACAAUUAUGCCCCAGGCGCCCAUCCAGCCAAUUCACAGUUCCGAAGGGACCUGCUGGGUCGAGGGCCACUGCUUGCGGGUGCAGCCGGUCGAUGAUAAGGCGGUUUGCGCUAUCUGUGAUGAGCGGGCUGAGGAGGGUAUGUACAGGUGCACUGCCUGUAAGACUCUAGUGCACAGCCGGUGUGCUCUCCAGGUCUGCUUGGUGUGUCCUGCUGCUUUCCAUCCGGAACAGGUUCGAGCCGCAUUCGUUCGAUGUUUUGCUAGUUUGUUCUAUACCUACAAGAAGUAUCUUCAGCCAGCUUCCGGUGACAAGAAAAAGGCCGGUCUGACCUACAACUUCAACAUGGAGGCGUUUUUGAAGAGCCUGCCAGGUGAACAUGCGGAAUACAUUGCCGUUCUACAGCAAACCCAAGGCUUCAAUGAGUUCAUUAGUGAGCGAGAGAGAGUUAAUCCCAAAGCUAAAGACCCGCGGAUGGCGCUAUUUGAUGAAAUUGUUCUGUCCAAACGGAAUCGGGGGCGAUCGUCGAUCUUCUCGAGCCGGAGUAUGACGGACUUCUUGUCAGACACGUCGAACCAUCUCUGGAGAACCGCCAGCGCCACUACGUUUGGAAUAGGCAGCCGGGGUGGUCAGCAGAACCUCUCUGGCGAUUACACCCGCGUGGUCACAAGAGCACCCGCCAAGCUGGAUACCAGUCUGAUGAGAGAGCCCCGCAUGAUCCAUGGAGCACCUCGUGUGUCGAAGACAGCAAACAACGCCCGUAGGAAACCACUCCCGAAGCUUAUGAACGGGCUGGCCAUUUCCCCGCCGUAA